AUGGCAAGAGUCGCAAUCAAAAGGAGAUACACUGAAUACGCCGACACAGAUAGCUCCCAAUCUGAAACUGAACUUAGCGAUGAUGAUUUCCUACCUACUAGAAAGAGUAAGAAGGUGAAGCCUUCGCCAAAGCCACCGAAUGAGGCGAAGGUGAAGAUCUCAGCGGGGGCAGAUAUGGAUUCUAUUCACAGCUUGCCAGAGAAUAUCGACCAAACAACGUUGGAACGUAUCAAGAAAGCUUUGAACCUGUCCAAGCAUCCUGGCACAACCGAGAACGAAGCUCGGCAAGCAAUGAGGCUGGCCAUGAAGUUGAUGGCAAAAUUGAACAUUACCCAGGCGCAAGUGUUGGAAAGUAUGGAAGAGAACGACGACAUUUCGAAGCAGUGUAGCGGGCCAAUCGUGAGUAAUGAACCAUUCUUUUUGCAACUGGAACCUUUCGAGCCCGUUUUGGAAACAGCUUCAUUUGCUGUCUGCAACAUGUUUGAUGUCAAAUACUACACCCAAGUCGGAGAUGAAUCAAAUCAAAUCGAUUUCAUUUUCUAUGGGCUAGGGCCGAACACCGUAACUGCUGCCUAUGGUUUCGAGACGGUCUAUAAUCUCAUUAUGAAUUGGCGCAUGGCCAACAAAGAGGCCAAGGGUAUCAAUGGAAAGAAUUCUUAUUGUCGCGGCGUAGCGGAUGGCUUCUAUGAUUUCUCAAAGAAGGAGAAAAGACGCGAAGAAAAGGAAGCAGAAGCGGCAGAAAUGCGAAGGCUUGAAGCGCAGCGUAAAGCAGAAGAAGCGCAACGGCAGAAGGAGAUUGCACGAUUGCAGUUGGAGACCAUCGAAACCAAGCCAGAACUCGAUAGGAAGGUGAAGAUCGAGGAUGUAAAAGAAGAAUCAGCUGAUGUUGUGGAUCUACCAAGCCCUUCCUUCGUCCACGAAAGUGAUUCGGACGACGAUUUCGGAGAUGACGGAUAUGAUGACGGGGACUAUGGCUACGAUGGUAAUGAUGGAGGAUCUGAUUUUCAAGCAGGCCUGAAUAUGGAGGAGGCUCUGGAAGAAGAUGCUGUCGCUCCCCACUUUUCAUCGAAGGAAGGAGUACACGAUAUAGAUCUCGACCAGCUUCUAAAAACAUCAGACGAGCGUGCGCGCAAGCAGGCCGAGAAUCCGGAAGCCCUGAACAAGGAUAAGAAGAAGAAGCGAGAUAUACGCCGGGUGAAGGGGGACGCAAUGGAGGACGUCAAACCAACCACGGGAGAGGCAAACGAAGUACCCAAGAAUAAAGUCAAGGAAACAGAGGAGCCUUCCUGGCAAUCGGCCGGUGCUCUUAUUGUUUUCCGUCAAAAGUCACUCCUAGUUGCAGAAGAAUACCUGAAGAAGCAGGGCUUGAAGCUGCACAAGAGGGGCAAGUUAGCAGCACUCACCCUCAAAGAUGCCAAUGCGAGGCAGUCAUACAACAAAGGCUGGGAGGAUGCAAAGAAGAUUAAUCUGAAGACGAAGAAGAUCAAGGCUUCGAAGUUCGGAGGAUGA